UCGACGUGCAGUUAUUUACUGUUUACCAAAAUAUAAUUUUCCGUCUACGGAGCGAUGAGUGACGAAAAGAUCCACUGAAUUGCUGUGUCCAUUCUCGAAUUCUACCAAAGGAGCGCAAACGAAGUAGUAAGAAACUCAUCGAAGGCGACACACAUAGCGCAGCAGCUAUGAAGUACGCUACGUCACCUACGCCAUCCCGGAGCAACAGCUCGCUGCUGGGGAUGUCUUCCAGAACGGCAUCGCCACUGCCCGCACCGGCCAACUAUCGCGAUUGCAUGAGCGCCACAACGAAAAGCUACAAAUACCUGCGGCGUUUCAUCAAAUUCGACCAAAUGGACUUUGAGUAUGCAAUGUGGCAGAUGGUGUACCUAUUCAUCGCACCGAAGAAAGUCUAUCGCAACUUCAACUACCGCAAACAAACCAAAUCACAAUUUGCUCGAGAUGAUCCAGCCUUCCUGGUGUUGCUAGUGGGUUGCCUUUGUGUCACGUCAAUUGGGUUCGCGUGGGUGUUAAGCUUAGGGUUUCUGCAGACGAUCCUGUUCACACUGUACGUCGUGUUUGUCGACUGCAUAUUCUGCGGCAUGAUCGUGGCCACGCUGCUUUGGGUGAUUGCGAAUCGCUACUUUCGCGAUCGAAACAGUGACUUCGACAUGGAGUGGGGCUACGCGUUCGAUGUGCAUUUGAAUGCGUUCUUCCCGCCCCUGAUACUGCUGCAUUUCAUACAGCUGUUCUUCUACCAUCCGCUGAUUAGCAGGGACUGGUUCAUAUCAACGUUCAUCGGCAACACCAUUUGGCUGUUGGCGCUCGGAUACUACAUCUAUAUCACUUUCCUGGGAUAUAAUGUUGUCCCGUCGCUGAAAAAUACGCGAAUAAUUCUCGUAACACUACCGCUUCUGUGUUUGUUCUACGUCGUGACGUUAAUUAUAGGAUGGAAUUUGAGUGUGUCGCUGAUGUACUACUAUCACUAUCGAGUGUUGUAAACAAUAAAGUUCCAUACUUACAAGGCUGUUGCGCAUUACGAUAUUUAAAUGAGCGUGUGGCGACGAUCGUUGGUUCGUGGUAGUGAUCGCUGUGAAUAGAUGAGUUAAGCAGGAGAAACAAUUCAAUUAUAAUACAGUAGCAUGUACCAUAGCCAUAUUUAGGGAUCCUACAGUAGAUCUAGUAUUAGCAUAAUACAAUAGAAAUAUGUGCAUAUUCUGAAAACGUUUCAUAUAACAGUUCGCUGAAGCGCUUACGGAGACAGUUUCUGUAAAUUGUUUUUAGGCUAUACGACACUUUAUUUAUUCUAUCUUUUUUCAGCUAAAGUGUCUAUAACACUUUACGGUGUAUCUAAGAUCCAUAACUUACAGAAAAUCGAUAUAAAAAACAAUAAAAUCAUAAUAUUCAAAUA